AAAAAUACAAGUAACACUUAAUAUCAUCAGCAUCAAAGGACUUACUGGAAGUGCAUUUUCCAGCUCGUGUCAACAUCGUGCACCAUGCUGACGGAGUCAGAACCAGAAGGAGAAAGCUCCUCCCUGCCAGCGGCCUCCGGAUUGGCUGGACCAGCAUCAGAUUCAGGCGAGCCGUCGGCCAAUCAAUGGAGGCGCAGAUGAAGGCAGCGGAGACACUUUUGCGAACCGGUGAACGGAGAGGGCCAGAGAGGGACAACCAUCGAGUCUGCAGUGCGAAUCCGCUUCUAACCUGCAAACGAGGUCAUGGACGUGGAGAAGAAAACCACAGAUUUCUCAGGGAAAUGGAAAAUGAAGUCUUCGGAAAAUUUCGAGGAUCUCUUGAAAGUGCUGGGUGUGAAUGUGUUCCUGAGGAAGAUUGCAGUGAGAGCGGCCUCCAGCCCGGCAGUGGAAAUCACCCAGCAGGAUGAGAGUCUGUCCAUCAAGACAUCCACCAGCGUCCGUACCACCCAUGUCUCCUUCACCGUGGGGCAGUCCUUCAACGAGGCCACGGUGGAUGGACGGCCCUGCACGAGUUUUCCUAAGUGGGAAACAGACAGCAAGAUCAGCUGUGAACAGACUGUACAGAAAGGCGACGGGCCCAAAACAGCAUGGACCCGAGAGCUGACCAACGAUGGAGAACUGAUACUGACGAUGAUUGCAGGAGAAGUCGUCUGCACCAGGCUUUACGAGAGGGAAUGAGGAAACAUUCUCAAGAUUGUCAUACAAUACUCCUGUUUUGUGCCUCAUGCAUGGUUUACAUUUACUUGCUUACUUCCUCGUCCUCCUCCCAGCCAGUCAGAUGUUGGUCUCAAACAGUGCUCUGGGGAGACAAAGGCCUCAUUUGACAUGAAUGUAUGCUGGCACUUUUAGAACACCAAAGAUGCCUGAACUUGCUCCUUUGUGUUUCAUAUAGAAAUGUCCCACAUUCCUUUUCUACAAGCUGUGUCUAAAUCUGUGUCAU